AUGCCACACAGUAGGUGUGGAGAGGGGUGUACCGAUGGGCACGAUAUCAAUGGCGCAGACACCUCAGCGAAGUCCGCUGAAUACGAAGUUGGGUUAAAAUGUUUAACAAGAAAGAGUUGUAAAAGUGCGAACCGUGCGGUGCGGUCUGAAGAUUAUUGUGCCGUCGACACGGGCUGGUAUAUCUCUGCACGUCGUAUUGCCUCGCAGUCCGCAGAUGUCAUUGAAUGUGCCGUUUCCAUAAUGUUAGUUUCUGGCUGUUUUCAUUGCGAUGUAGUAGUUCUUGUGGGUGAUAUGGCUAUAUAUGCUAUAGCUGCAAAAUAUAGCGGCGCACCUUAUUAUGAUCCUGGUUAA